AUGAUCCUAAAACAAGUACCUCCUAGAUCUGAAUCCAUGAUCCUACAACAAGUACCUCCUAGAUCUGAAUCCAUGAUCCUACAACAAGUACCCCCUAGAUCUGAAUCCAUGAUCCUAAAACAAGUACCUCCUAGAUCUGAAUCCAUGAUCCUAAAACAAGUACCCCCUAGAUCUGAAUCCAUGAUCCUACAACAAGUACCUCCUAGAUCUGAAUCCAUGAUCCUACAACAAGUACCCCAUAGAUCUGAAUCCAUGAUCCUACAACAAGUACCCACUAGAUCUGAAUCCAUGAUCCUACAACAAGUACCCACUAUAUCUGAAUCCAUGAUCCUACAACAAGUACCUCCUAGAUCUGAAUCCAUGAUCCUACAACAAGUACCCCUAGAUCUGAAACCAUGA